UUAUAGUUUGGUCAACGUGUUGCAUUUAAAAACAUAAAAUGAGCAAAUAUGAUGGAACCAAGGGCCCUCCUAACAUUGAAGGAAUGGUCAGUUUAAAAGUUGAUAAUUUGACUUACAGAACUACGAUGGAUCAAUUAGAAAGAAAUUGUGCGGAGUUGGAGAAUCAAAACGAAGUGAUUUGGAGUUUCUGUGCUGCAGUUUUUGGAAAUAAGCCAUAAGAAAAGUUGCUGUACUAAAAAAUUACAGUUCCUGCCUAUGCAUAUGCUGUUGUUGCUGUGUCAUAAAUACCUUUCACUUUGCGCGUGAAUCUUUUAAAGCAGUGAUGCAGUGAUCCUGUUUUUGCUGUGCUCCAGUUUCCACUAGUUGAAAUAAGUUCCAGCUUAAAAAUGCCGGGGAUACAUCCAGGUUCCAGGACACCUCCAAAUAUUAACCAUCUUUACAGUAUCAAAAUUGAUAACUUAUCAUAUGGAACUACGAUGGGUGAUUUGGAAAGUUAUUUCCGAAAAUUUGGAAGAGUUGGUGACAUUUAUAUUCCAAGGGACAGAAACACUCAUGAAUCUAGAGGCUUUGCAUUUGUUCGCUUUUACGAUGAACGAAGUGCUGAAGACGCUAUGGAUAAAAUGGAUGGGGAGGUAAUUGAUGGUCGUGAAAUCCGAGUAGCAAUGGCCCGAUACGGACGUCCAUCAAACCAGUAUGAUCCUCGACGACAGGGAAGUGGUAAUCGCUACAGAGACCGUGGCAGCUAUGGUUAUCGAGACAGAGAUAGGAGAGAUGGUGGAAGAAACAGAGACCGUAGACGUUCUCCACCAAGGAGACGUUCCUAUUCCCGAUCCAGAUCUCGUUCAAGAUCACACAGACGUUCAAGGAGUAGAUCGCGUUCACCUCGUUAUCACAAGAGAUCUCCGUCACCACGUAGAUCUCAGUCCCCCAAGAGAUCGCCGUCCCCAAGAAGAUCACCAAGACGAUCUUCGUCAAGACAUUCUGAUUCGCCAAAAAGAUCUAGGUCACGCUCUAGAUCUCGUUCCAGGUCCCGCCAUGACUGAAAAACAGAAAUAAUGUCAUGUCAUGCAAAAAACUGUUCUCCUUCAGCUGUGUUACUGAAGUUGAGUAUAAAGCUAUAGAUUAUCAGCUUUUUUCCGUUAUACAUGUGAUGACAUAUUUUAUAUAUGUAUUCUUCUGUGUAAAUUCUUGACAGUGUUAACGUAAUGCUAAUACUUCAUAUUUUCAAGAUUUUAAUACGAUUUCUUUUUAUUAGGUUUUAAUACCAGUUUUUAUAUCCAAUACUGCUUGUUCAACUGCUGUUGUCUUCAUUAAGUUCUGCUGACUGUUUGCUGCUCAAUGUACAUAAUUAUUGACAAUUUUCACACCGGCUGUUAAGUGAUGCAGAGCUGUUUCUGUUAAAUUGCACCCGGUUGCUGUUAGCUGUGUAUUCAGUUUGCUGCUAGCUGUAAAUUUUUGUUUCUUGUUUUUGCUGAGCUGAGUUGCAGAUGAACUGUUAUCUUUGCUAAGAAGUAGCUGUGAUCCAACCUGUCUGUUUAGCAUUAAGAAUUCGCGGCUUUCAAAAGGUAUACGUUGGUAAACCGUUUGCCUUAUUUUUUAGCUCGUCCUUUUAUUUUAUUAGCUCAUACUGUCAUUGAAAUAAAGUCCAUUUUUA